GCGCGGCGGCGCGCGGGUGACGCAGGGCGCUCGGAGCGCGGCGGGAGCGGGGUGGCGGCGGGGCCAUGGAGUCCGAGACCAAGAGUGGCUUCGUCCUCGCCAACCUGGCCGAGGUGGUGGAGCGCGUCCUCGGCUUCCUACCCACCAAGGCGCUGCUGCGCGCCGCCUGCGUGUGCCGGCUGUGGAGGGAGUGCGCCCGGCGGACGCUGCGGACGCGGCAGCGAAUCGCGUGGGUGUCGGCGCUGGAGCCGGGCCCCUCAGAGAGCCACACGCUGGUGCGCGCGCUGGCCCGCGAGCUCGAGGAGGUGCAUGUGCUACCCCAGACCGUGCUCUACAUYGCUGAUGCAGAGACAUUCAGCGGGCAUGAGGAUUGUCAUGAGCAAAAGAAAGCCAGAAAAAGAAACAGUAAGGAAACAGCACUUGCACUUGAAAAGUUGUUGCCAAAGCGAUGUCAGGUUCUUGGACUGGUCACCCCAGGGAUUGUAGUUACUCCGAUGGGUUCAAGCAGCAAUCAGCCUCAAGAAAUUGAAGAGGGCGAAGCUGGAUUUGCUCUGUUGUUUCCCAAAAUUGAUGGGGUGAAAAUUCACACCUUCCACUUUUCUAAAGAUGUGAAGAACAGAGUCUUUGAUGAAAGUAAAUUUGCYGAAGCAGGUUUGAAGAAUAACCCAGAUCUCCGUGUUGUUCUUCUGUUUGGCUACAACUCCUGGAGGACGGGAGCUACUCGAUUUCUUCAUCAAAUAGUCAAUCCAUUGAAUGAGAAGAGUAUCAUYCUGGCUGGAGGCCAAGUGGAGAGCUUUACAUCACUGACCUCUGAGAAUAACCAUGCCCAGCCCGGUGAUGCCUGCGGCGUGGUUGGGCUGGCUUUCAGCGGUCCCCAGAUCCAGAGUGCCACUGUUCUGUUAGACCAGGACGUGGCUGAUGAGAGGACGGCAGAAGCGGCCAUGCAGCGUCUCAAAGCAGCAAACAUCCCCGAGCACAACACCAUUGGCUUCAUGUUUGCRUGUGUUGGCAGAGGAUAUGGGCAUUACAAAACCAAAAGGAAUAUGGAAGCAGAUGCAUUUAGGAAGUUUUUUCCAAAUGUACCCCUCUUUGGCUUUUUUGGACAUGGGGAAAUAGGAUGUGAUCGAAUAGUUACUGGGAAUUUCGUAUUAAGAGAAUGUAAUGACAUAAAAGAUGACCUGCUUCAUGGCUAUACUACCGUUAUGACUCUUAUUCACCUUGGUUCAGGUAAAGCAAACCAAGCCUAAGCAAGGUUUAAUGCUUCACUGAGCUGUUUGUUUCAUUCCAGAGAGCUGAGAAGUCUAGAAGAAUGGACAUGUUGCAGUCAAAGCCCCUUCCAAAACACAAGCAUCAUUUUGGUAAUAUUAUUGAGUCUUGUAGGUGCAAUAGAGUUUAAUAUCUGUGAGAAAGCCUUGCAUUUUGUGUAAUCCCCUGUACACAUCAGAACUGCAGAAAAUUAUAUUUGAUGGAAUACUACAAUUGAAGAAAACCUCUCUUCCAAAAUGAAAAUUAUUUCUACAAAUCAUAGAAUAUGUUGAAUUGGAAGGAACCCAUCAAGAUCAUUAAGUCCAAUUCCUGGCCCUGAACAGGGCACCCCAAGAAUCCCACCAAGUGCCUGAGAGUGUUCUUCAAAUGCUUCCUGAAGUCAGGCUCCAACUACAUUCCUGGGGAGCCUGUUCCAGUGCCCAGCCACUCUCUGGGUGAAAAACCUUUUCUUGAUACCCAGCCUAAGCCUCCCUGAYUCAGCUUCAUGCCAYUUCCUUGAGUCCUGUCACUGGUCASAAGAGUKAAGAGAUGUGAAAGACUGCAGUGAGGUCUCCCCUCARUUUCCUCUUCUGCAGGCUGAGCAAACCAAAUGUCCUCAGCCACUCCUCAUAAGGCUUCCCCUCCAGAUCCUUCACCAUCCUCRUGGUCCUCCUUUGGACCCUCUCUAAGGCUUAAUGUCUUUUUUAUGUUKUGGUGUCUAAAACUGCCUCCAGGACUCGAGACUGCCCCAGUGCAGARCAAAGCAGGACAAUCACCUCCCUGGCCUGGCUGGUGAUGCUGGGCCUGAUGCACCCCAGGACAYGAGUGGCCCUUCUGGCURCCAGGGCACUGCUGACUCUUACCCARCCUGCUAUCAGCCAGGACCUCCAGGUCCCUUCCCACAGCUGCUCUCCACUGUUGCUCCCCAGUCCAUAAACAGCCAGGGUUGCCCUGUUCCAGGUGCAGAACCCACCACCWGCCCUUGUUAAGUUUCAURUGGUUGGUGAUUGCCCAUCAAUUUGUCAAGGUCUAUGCAGGGCCUCUGCCCYUGAGGGAGUUGACAGCUCCUCCCAUUUUAGUGUCAAUGGCAAACCCAAAUACCAACAGRUAGAAAGAAACAAUACUUUGAUAUGCUCUUAUUUAUGUAUAUAAAGCACUCUAGGAAAACUAACAAUGCAUUAAAUCUGCCAUUUCCUGCAUUUCUAGAGAUGCACAACUUUCCCAGGGUCCCUUUUACAAAACUGAACAGUUUUACUAGAUAAAAUCAAUGCAAGUCUUUAGAGAAAAGCAACAAAGUACUUGUUAAAUAAAGAUAGAAGUAUGUCAAAGCACCUUGCCACCUAUUCUUAAGAGAAAAAGCUCUGAUUUAAAGAGAUGUUGUCCAUCCAAGAGUUCAACUGGGAUCACCACCUUGAACUGAAUUUCAGUUGUCAUAACUAUGUGAUUUAGAAUAUAGUCGUUGCCUUUUGUAGCGUGAUUACAAUCUUUUAAAUCCAUAGUGCUUAGAAGUAAGUCUAUCUAUUAAGUUUCUUUUAAAAGUUUUUUGCUGUUUAAUUUGGAAUUUUGGGACACAGGAUCUGGCUAUAUUGUAUUUAUUAGAGAGACUUUACACCAGACUUGUGACUUGUGCUUUUGCAUGUUUUUCCWAUGCUUUUACAUCAGUCAUCUGUUUUGAUUGCUGCAGCUGGCAUGCAGUAUCCAGUAAGUAAAUUCAGCAUAGYCUCAGUAUAGCUAAUAUAUUUUCUGCUUUUAAAAUUCUUUCCUUCCUUUUAUUUUCACUUAGUAAUAGAAUAACAUGAAAAAAGGUUAAUUUUGCAUCAUUUCUUGAGAAUCCUAAAUGCAAAAUCAGGCAGCUGGCCCAUUUUCAGUGUAGUAAAAAGAAAAUACUUAACUGUGUGUUGUACAACAAAAUAACAUCUUUUGCUUUAAAUGUACCAAGCAAGACUUCAGUUGUCAUCUUCACGCCCAUAUCUAGUUAAAACUUUCCCUGUACCUGACCUAACAAGCUAAGGUAGGGSUGUGUCUGUUCUGAGAGUUAACUGUUUCACUGUCUGCUGAGCACAGACAGCACUUUCCURUGGCUGUAUUGAUGAUUGGGUUUUUUAAUUAGAAGACAGGAUCAACUGUGAAACAAUCUGAAAGUGGAAUAUGGUUGAAUCUGCAGAGAACCCCUUAGUAGGAGGUGACUGUAACCAAAACAUCACAUUUKGCCCUUUGUGUCUGCAUAACCUUUAUGUCUAACAGGAGGGAAAGGAAAUGUUAGAUUUCUGUAAUGCAGAUAGGAUUCCUGUUGCUGUUAGCCAUGCUGACUAGCCUAGGAAUGUUAAUUGGUUGCUGUACUAGAAUGGUUGAAGUGUGAUCAAYCACGUGUCCUUAAUAACAGUCCAGACUCGGCCAGAACGUCAAAGAAGCUGAUGGUGAGCUCAGACAAUGGCACAACUAAACCAGAAUCAACAAGGUGGUCUGCAGGGGGUAGCAGCAGGUCCUGUAGCUGAGGAAACYUCAGAGGUAAACAUAGUACAGAAAAGAUGCUGGGGGAAUGGGGGGUCUGCAUCAGAAUCCAGGCACCCUUCUCUCCAUCGAGUAGUGGGAAUGAGCCCAAAAGACCCCAGAACCCUGCACAUGGCUGGAACCACUACACUGUCUCUCCCAGGCCACAUCACACCUUCCACAUGAUAGGGAAGUGAUGUAAGUGAUAAAAUUGCAACAUCUGUGAUUAAAGUGUUUUGCUAUCCCA